AUGACAGAUAAAUACAAAUCUUGGAGAGGACUGCUCCAAUUGGAACUUGGAAGAUAAAUAGUGAGGUUUCGCUCUCCAAAAGAUCCACUUAAAUAAAAAUUCUUGAGAUUUGGAAAGCGGAAAAUACUGUUUGGAAAGUUUCCUCUUAACUGACAAUUUAAAAGACGAAGAGUAGUCAAAGAAGAAGAGAGAUUCAUGAAGAAACGAGGAUUAACAGAUGUCAUGUUCACUCCAUUAAGCACAAGUUCUCUCACCUCACCAAGUUAUGAGCAAGAUUUUUGAAGGUAGUUGUUUCAAGGAUCAAUCUAGUAAACAGACUGAUUUCUGGUGGAAUCUUGGAAAGCCUAAAAUCAUUCAAGGCAAGAUUGAGGCUCUGCAGGUUUCUGAGGAAGAAAAGAGUGCUGUUGGAAGGAAAGGUGCCAUAAAGGAAACUGCAGCUGAGAUUAAGGGCAAUUACAUGGCCUGUGACAUUAUCACAGCUAACCCCAUCCCAGGAACAACAGUCUAUACCUUCCUUCCAUGACUCAAUCUUAGAAUAAUUAGGUUUAGUAUAAAAAAGAUACACACAAUAAUCUGAAUUCGGAACAGUGUAAUUGAUGGAGAAGGAUGUCUUGAAUUGCAGCAAAGCAAGAGCCUCCUCAUGAGAGCAGAGAUGUGUUGUUGAGAAGGAAGAAGCAUGUAUAGAGGAUGAGAAGGUAGUUUUAAG